AUGCUAUGGCCCGGUUGCCAACUCCCAUGCUCAACGGCCUCGCCCGAAACAAUGACCCUUGUACGACACUUUCUCAAUAACUGCCUUAAAAACCACAGCGAAUGCAAUACACACCUGUCUAAAUCGAAGAGCUCGGACAAUUGGUUACCGACCCGGCUCAUUGAUGUUGGAACAGAAGUCGGGACAUUGACACCAAGACUUGUUAUCCCUUCUGAGUCUUUAAGCUUGGCCGGGAUGCAAUACGUUACGCUCAGUCAUUCGUGGGCCAUUUCCAAGAAGUCUCUCAACUUGCUGGUCGAGAACUGUGAGCAACUGACACGAGUCAUUCCACUUGACGCCUUGUCCCAAACCUUUCGCGAUGCCUUGCAGAUUACACAGCAGCUGGGCCAUCGGUACAUAUGGAUCGACUCUCUUUGCAUCAUUCAGAACUCAGCAGAUGAUUGGCAAAAGGAGGCGCUGCUGAUGAGUCUCGUUUACGGAAGAUCUUCUUGCAACAUUGCUGCGAUGGGAAUGUCUGGAGUGGACGGUUGCUUCUCCCAACGAAACCCUCUUGCCUUUUCCCCCUGUCGUAUCACAGACACUGACGAUGGUGGAGCGGUUUAUGCCUCUUCCCAGAGCCAUAACCCUUCAAACAUGUUUUCAGCCGGAGGAAAAACAAAACCACCUCUACUCUAUCGAGGUUGGGUUCUACAGGAAAGGAUGCUGUCUUCUCGCAUGGUGUACUUCGGCGGUCCGCAACUGUACUGGGAAUGUUGCUGUGAACGGCUUGCAGAGUCCUGGGCGUUCAAGUCCCAACUAACCAUGGAUCGUCAUCUUGGAAUCUCUUCGGCCUUCUCGUCCAAAGCCCACUUUCAAGUGCUUUGUGAUACUUCUACUAUACCUAACCUAGAGUUAGGCAGCAACACAAAUGCGGUCGUGUCCAUAAAGGCUAUUCGCCUCUAUCUUCAUUGGCAGGAGAUACUAAGCACUUACCUCGAAACCCAGCUAACAUUCACGACAGACCGGCUCAUUGCCCUCGCAGGCAUUGCCAAGGCUAUAGAAGAUCACGCGGGACUUACUUAUAUUGCCGGAACAUGGGCAGAGCUUCACCCCCUCGACCUACUCUGGCGCUUCAAAGAGACUAUUAUUGCUAAACUAGAACCGCGUGCCGUCUCCGGGACCAACGCCCCAUCGUGGUCCUGGGCUGCCAAGGAAGGUGAGAGGGACUUCUUUCCCGAUCGAUAUGAUCUUGUGGACGAGAAUACGGCAGUCAAAGUGACAUACGCCACCGGCAUACGGCACUUCCCCCAUCGGACAUUCUCCUCGCAGUUCACACUGGACAAGGAAAGGAAAAUAACUCUAAGCUUUGAUGGAAAGGUGAAGAGAGGCACGGCUUUUACGGAAGAAUUGUUUCCAGACUCAAUACGCGAGGACGACGAAGUCCAAGACGGGAAGUGGAAACAUCGGGUGUUGUUACAUGACAAGAUUGCACCCAUAACUGUGAGGUUCGACGAUCCACUCCCUGACGGCGAGCCAGUGCUGCUCCUGCUGUUGAUGGAGUGGUACAUAUACAAAGGAGAGGAUCCGGAGAAGCGUUAUCAAGGGGGGUUGGUCCUUGUUCCAGAGACUGAGAUGAAACAAGCUCAGUAUGGUGAUUCGGGGAGGCUGCAAGUGUACCGUCGAGUUGGAGCAUUCAAGACAGGCGAACCUGGGGCCUCCGUGCAUGCUUUCCUCGAUACUUUGUCUGACGAUAAUCUUGAGAUGGUGAAAGUUUGCUGA